AUGGCUCUCCUAUUUCUCAAACAAAAACUUUUCCCGACCCACAACUCCCAAUCCAAAAAUUCAUCCGGUUCGCCUGCCCAUCUAUACACCGGCAGCACGCGCUCGCGCAUCAACCCGCGCAUCGUCUCCGAUGCUAUCCUCGGCUUGUCCGACGGCCUGACGGUGCCGUUCGCUCUGAGUGCGGGCCUCUCCGCAUUAGGCGAUACCAAAGUUGUCGUGCUGGGUGGGUUGGCCGAGUUGGCGGCCGGUGCGAUAUCCAUGGGACUGGGAGGAUAUGUAGGCGCGAAGAGUGAAGCAGAAUCCUACGAAACCACCGUGCGCGAAACCAACGCCCUCGUGGCCGCCUCGUCCGCCGAGACCUCCGCCAUCGUGCACUCCAUCUUCGCGGCGCACGGCAUCCCCGAGCCCGCCGUCGCGCAGAUCAACGCCUCGCUGCAUGCCUCGCCUGCCAAUCUGCGCGACUUCCUCGUCGCCUUCCACCACAAGGAGUCCGCGCCCGACUGCAACCAAGCCUGGAUCUCCGCGCUGACCCUGGCCCUGGGCUACUUCGUCGGCGGCUUCAUCCCGCUGAUCCCGUACUUCGUCGUCGACCGCGUCAUCGUGGCGCUGUACUGCAGCGUCGGCGUCAUGGCCGUCACCCUGCUGGUGUUCGGCUACAUCAAGACGGGCGUCGUGCGCGGGUGGCGCGGCAGUGAGAAUGUCCUGGCCGGCCUCUGGGGCGGCGUGCAGAUGGUCCUGGUGGGUGGGAUCGCUGCAGGGGCGGCCAUUGCUCUGGUGAGGGUGAUUGGGGCUUAG